UUCUUCUCCUUCUUCUUCUCUCUCAGAUCUGUUCCCAUAAACCCUAAUUUUCCCUAUUUUUCUUUCCAAGAUUCUCUCUUUCUUUCUCCUCUUUACGAUCCUUCUAUAUUCCCUCUUUUCAUCUCAACUUUAUUUUGUCGUCCCUCCAUUUUUAAUCACUUUUUUUUUUUCUUUAUCACUUUCCGUUUGUUUCCCGAGAAAAUCACCUCUCUGACACCCUGCACCUUAUCCUCUCCGACUUUCUCUCUGCUCUCCAAUCCGUUUCUUGCUCCAUUUCUCCCAGCAUUUAGCUGAUUGAUGCAACUUUCCUGGUUGAUUGGAUUUUCCGGGAAAGUUGGUGAUUUUCCGGGAUAGUAUUUUCCCCUCUCUUUUCCGGGAAACUAAGGAAUUCUAGAUUGCUGAACAACUCGAUGAUGAUGAUGAUGAUGUUGUAGUGGAGUGAAUGAGACCAAACUUAUAAUAAUAACAGCAGCAGUAGUACGAAUGGACGAUAGAGGUGGAUCGUUCGUUGCUGUUAGGAGGAUUUCGCAGGGUAUUGAUCGAAGCAACACGUGCCAUUCAACCUCUGCUGAGAUUGUGACAGGAUCAACAGCAUGGCUUGGCAGAGGUCUGUCUUGUGUCUGUGCACAGAGGAGAGAGAGUGAUGCUCGUCCCUCUUUUGAUCUAACUCCAGUCCAGGAGGAAAGCCUACAGAGGUUACAGAGUCGUAUAGAUGUCCCGUAUGAUAGUUCUAUUCCUGAGCACCAGGAUGCUCUAAGGGCUUUAUGGAAUGCUGCAUAUCCUGAGGAAGAACUCCAUGGCUUGAUUUCUGAGCAGUGGAAGGAAAUGGGCUGGCAAGGGAAGGAUCCAUCGACAGAUUUUAGGGGUGGUGGUUUCAUAUCAUUGGAGAAUUUGCUGUUCUUUGCCAGGAAUUUCCCGAAAUCGUUUCAAGAUCUUUUGCGGAAGCAGGAAGGAGACCGAUCAGUGUGGGAAUACCCAUUUGCUGUUGCUGGUGUUAACAUCACAUUUAUGCUUAUUCAGAUGCUGGAUCUUGAAGCAGUCAAACCACGGACACUGGUGGGAGCAACAUUUCUAAAAUUUCUUGCAGAAAAUGAAUCAGCUUUUGAUCUUCUCUAUUGUAUAACAUUCAAGCUGAUGGAUCAUCAAUGGCUUUCCAUGCGCGCGUCAUACAUGGAUUUUAAUACAGUAAUGAAAGCAACGCGCCGGCAGCUGGAGAAAGAGCUUCUGCUUGAAGACCUAACACGGCUAGAAGAUGUACCCUCAUACAAACUUCUUUCACGAUAGUAUCUGAAGACUACUAGCUUUAGCUAGAAGGUGUUUUUGUACUUGAUGUGAUGCACUUAUGAUAUCCAUACCUGCCGUUUCAGCCUUUAACCUUCUAACAUUUGAGUAGGACUGAGACAAGCUUAAGAACGACAGCACGACGAUCUAGAGGCACUGGUAAAACUUUAAAUCUAGUCAGAAGGUGAUAUUCUUGGCUGACACACUGCCGGGGGAGUUUGAAAUGUAGGUUUGCUUGGUACCAAAGAGAUUAGAUUGUAAUGGAUUGCGGUUUGUCUAUAUAUUUCCUUGACGUCCAUUAUUGGGCAAAUGCUGCUUGCAGUCUUGUAUUAGGGGCUGGUGUACUUAAAGUUGGUUACAUCUUGGUGGCCUUGUUUGUGAAAGAAAUCCAUAUGCUGGUUAUUUGUUUGAGUAAUAGAAUCAAUAUCCGAGUUGAUUUUCUCUUUUAAA